CUCUGGUCUGUGUGCUCUGUGCUGUGGGGGGUCUCUGGUCUGUGGGGGGUCUCUGGUCUGUGUGCUCUGUGCUGUGAGGGGGUAUGAGGGCUGGGGUGCUGUUCAGGGCCAUCCUGAUGGGGCCGCCCGGCUCAGGCAAAGGCACCGUCUCUGGCCGCAUCGUCAGCAGCUUUGGGCUCAAGCACGUGUCCAGCGGAGACCUGCUGCGUGUCAACAUCAACAGGCAAACAGAGGUUGGAAUGGUAGCAAAGUCCUACAUUGACAAGGGGAAGCUGGUUCCAGAUGAUGUGAUUACUCGGCUUGUGUUAUACGAACUGAACACACUAGAGGAGUACAGCUGGCUGCUGGAUGGGUUUCCGAGGACUGUGCCACAGGCAGAGGCAUUGAAUAAACUUUACCAGCCAGACACGGUGAUCAAUUUGAAUGUCCCCUUUGAGACCAUCAAACAGCGACUGACAUCUCGCUGGAUUCACCAGGAGAGUGGAAGAGUCUACAAUAUCGACUUCAAUCCUCCAAAAGUUCCAGGGCUUGACAACAUUACAGGGGAAUCCCUGGUUCAACGAGAUGAUGACAAGCCAGAGACUGUGAUUUUAAGGCUCCAAGCCUAUGAAGAACUAACAAGCCCAGUUUUGGAAUAUUAUCAAAAUAAAGGUGUUUUAGAAAUCUUCUCUGGCACAGAAACCAACAUGAUUUGGCCUCACGUACGAGAUUUUCUCAGCAAGAAACUGCCCGCACUCAGUUAAAUGGAGGAAUCGAGCAAUGGCUCAAGAAAAUGAAGAACACCGCACAUCUUACCUUCAAAUGGCACAACUACCAUUAGUGUUUUUAGACACCUUUUUAUUGGUUUAGACUUUCAGGAAAACAAACACAAAGUAUUGGGAAUUUUUUUUAAAAAUCGCAUUUGAUCUAUAGGAAACCUGAGAAAAGUUUUGAUUUUACUUGAAAACUGGUUCAAAGAACAAGUCGGAUUGCACCCAGUUGAGUAGAGGCCUAUUCCAUCAUUAAAGCAUCUACUUCACAUAAUGCUUGACAUUGUAAUUACUUGCACAAACUCAUAAAUAUUCCUAUGGCAUAUCUUGUGACCUGCAAUAUGUUUCUGCAUUUGAAUUUGGCAGUUAUAAUUUUGUUAGCCUCAGGAUUUCAAUGCAGUCCUUGUGUAUACUCUUGACAAGGAAUUGAAGUAAUUCCAGGAAACUGAAGGACAAGUUCAUUUUUUAAUUGCUAAAGGACUUGGCUCAAUCUACCCUUCAUUCCAGGUUCUGGUGUGGGAUUAUUGUUCCAUCUUCUCUCUCUUUAUCAACUCUUUAUAGUGUGCAGAUCUUACAAAUUAUACUUAGUGUGAUCUGUAUAUAUCAUAAGGACCUUAAUUUGUUAAAUUGUCUUUUCAAUCACAUCUGAAAACACUACGAUUGACUCCAAUGUAAUAAUAGUUAAUGCUGAGUAAAAUUGUUUAUGAUAAUUAUGUGUAAAGAUCAUGAUCACACUAGUAGCAAUUUAACAGCAAAACUUUGCUUUUGUUACUCAAAGAGUACUCUGAAUUAAACUUUUGUAGUUCAAUUAUUUUGAAAAUUA